AUGAAGCUUCAAUCGCUCUCACAAAGCUUCAAUAUCUCAUUCACUGAUUCUAUUUAUCAGUUCGAAGCUGUCGACAUGAAUCAUGAUUACCGUUUCAGUCGCCGUUCGAAGCCUUCAAUCCCCGUUCCACUCGCUGUUUCAGUAGUGAAGCUCUCACUCACUGUGAUUUCAGUUUGCAUCAACGGCAUAAUGCAAGCUUCAAGUGAUUUUUGUCGCCACGUUGAGCUUCAUUGUGGUUAUCUAUUUGGCCUUCCAGUUGGAAUUGUUGUUGAUUCUGUUGGUGCAACCGUUGGGGCUGCAGCUGCAUUUCUUCUUGGUGGAACAGUUAAAGUGCAUGAUCAUGUAAGAGAGGAGUUUGAUCAACACAUUGUAAAGCGCAUAAAAAAACCUGGCGUUUAUGAGGUCAGAAAAAGAAACUUUUUGUAAAUGGAUAUAAAGAUUUGAUGCCCGACCUUACCUGGAAACUUAUGUAGAGGUGAUUUGUGAUAUCAGUGUGAAAUUUUAGAACAGGCCAGAUGUAUAUUUAAAGCUGAAAAAAAAGUCCCCUUUGGUCAGAAAAGACUAUUCAAGUUAUUGUUGUAACAGAUGGUGAGGGUAUAUUAGGACUAAGAGAUCUUGGUUCUUAUUCACUUUUAUGCUUAUGUAGAGGACCAUAUUUAUAAUUAUAAGCUAAGUGUUAUUCAAUGUUUAUGCUAAGAAUUGGGGACUUACUAGAGUUCAGUUACAAACAAAUGUAAUAUUGUUCUACUGAUGUAAAGGGUUGAUUUUUUUUUUUGCAAGUCUUGUAUGCAAGAAUUGAAAGGGAUUUAUUCCCCCUUUGUAAGUGUCUGAUGAUGGUGAAGAUCAAUUCACUGUUUUUCUAUAAUCAUAAAUAUAAAUAUAUUAUGUUCA